AUCUCUUUCAUUUCAUUCCUCUUCCGAACCUUCCCAAAUGGCUUCACCACCGACGCUUCCAAUCUCCAGCCCUCAAUCCACCACCACUACCGUCGAUUCCCAACCGCCCAUCGCCACCCCGGCCUUUCGCGCGUUCCUCUCGCGCCUCUCCGCCUCCCUCCGCUACGGCUUCUCUCAACGCCGCCCGUGGUCGGAACUCCUCGACCGGUCCUCCUUUUCCCGACCCGACUCUCUCUCCGACGCCGCCUCGCGCGUCCGCAAGAACCUAUCCUACUUUCGCGUCAACUACAUUUCCCUACUUGCUCUCGUACUCGCCUUUUCUCUCCUCUCACACCCUUUCUCUCUCCUCGUUCUAUUAUCCCUACUCGCCUCCUGGCUGUUUCUCUACAUCUUCAGACCAUCCGACCAGCCUUUGGUGCUCUUUGGCCGUACUUUCUCUGACCGCGAAACCCUAGGCGGCUUGGUGGUGUCAACGAUAGUAGUGGUGUUCCUCACCUCCGUUGGAUCGGUUCUCAUCUCGGCUCUUUUGGUUGGAUUGGCGAUCGUUUGUGUCCAUGGCGCAUUUAGGGUUCCGGAGGAUCUAUUUCUUGACGAUCAAGAGCCGGUUAACGUGGGAUUUCUCUCCUUCAUUGGCAGCGCCGCCUCGUCCGCCGCCGCUGCCCCGGCCAUUGCCACGCGUGAAGAGAUGGAAGCUUUUCGGGCUCUUUUUCGGCCACCAAUGCCUUGCCGAAUUGCUUGUUCUUCAGAUAUACAUGUACCCGGUUCAAAACAAGAAAAAAAAAAUGCACACUGA